UCACUUCAUGGAUGAUCAGCUUACAACCCUACAUUUGGGACGAAAACCUGUUGAGGUGAGAACCCAAAGAAGUACUCGCUUUGAAAAACACUAGUAAUGGCCAAUUAUUGUGGGAGGACCAGCUCCGAGGACGCGCCCAUCAAAAGUUACCGUGCCCGCCUUGCGCGUGUCAACGCCAGUGAGACCUCGUCCUCGAUUUCUUCCUCUUCCCCGCCCAUGUACCCUGCCUGUGCUCGAGGACCUACCCACAAAUCGGCUCUAACCAUGACCCUGCCCACCACUUUGAAUCUGUCUCAAAUCAGCCACACCAACAAGUUCAUCCAGGUUCCGGCAGAGGCACCCAUCUCAGAGCCGGGCAAACUCUUAAGGAAAAUCAUCUGGGAGUCGGAGAUCCCUCCUCCCACCGAUGGUUUCGUUCCUUUUGUCGCCGUUCACGCCCAUGGGGAAUAUGUGGCAUUUACUCAAACCCGCGGACCCUCUGGAAUAUCAGCCGAAUUGGGCGAAGAUUUGAGGGAGGUUGUUUGUCUUUAUCAUUGUGCCUCGCAAAGAAAAGGUGAUUAUCGCCAUGUCAAGGGUGGAAUUGUCGACAUGGCUUUUGCCCAUCUAUCCCAUCGAAUCUUGUUGGGAAUCUUAAAUGACAUUGGAGAGGUAGUAAUCGGUGAAAUUGGACCCCGAUCUGAGAGUUCUGGAUCCCUCCACUUGGAUCUGGUGUUGCAAAUCAACCCUUCGUUUGAGAUUUUGGCACCCAUUACUCACAGAAGGAUGGCCUGGACUCCGUUCAUCAUUGACGAAGACGAGCCUGCCGGAACUGAGGUGGCACGUGCUCUAAUUGUGGCGGUGGCGAGCAACUCCGUGGUUGAUAUCUUCAAUCUCUCCGAACCCCUUGAGUUGCUGAAAAGACAGGUUGUGUUGGACACUGAAUUGGUCCAAUAUCGAAUUCGGAUCAAUUUGAAUUGCGUUGCCACGCGUUUGAAGAUCAGUCCGGACGCCUCUGCAGUAGUGGUAGCCACGGUCAAACGAGAAUUAAAAUUUUAUAUUUUUGAUUUUGACCAGCCUAUUGGCCAACAACUUGAAUGUCCGUAUCCUUGUCCUAAAAUUGGCGAAGACUCUGCUGUCAUCUCCAGUUUAUGGUUUCCUGAUGAUCAUGCCUUCACUCAGACUACAGCUUUGUUUUGGAAACAUAUUGUUUUGGCUUAUGAUCUAAACUCGAAAGUAUGUCUGUACUCGUGCGACACUUGGCAAUUGAUACAAUCCAUCAAGUUUCCGACGGUUUCUGGCGGAUUCCAUAUGACAAUGGCCACUAGUGGAGACCGAUUCGUUCUAUUUUCUCCCGAACAUUCCAAGCUAUACGUGGUGCACCUAGAAAUCACUAUCAAAGGAGAGGAAUCUGAAGCCUGGUUUUCAUCUGUAAGAGUAAUUGAAAUGCCAGUCCGAUUCAAGAUUAUCAUCGUUGCACCAAACUCCACCAUGUCCAACACCAAGGUCCUCGGAUUCUAUGGUAACGCCUUGGAAAUGGGGAUCAUUCCUCAUGGAAUUAAAAACAAGAAGUCAAAGUAUGUCACAUUUGAAGGAUAUGACACUGGUUCAGAACUUAAAAUCAAAGCUCCGAAGAGAAACCAAGACCUGCAAGCUGUCAAACCUAAAGAAAAGUCUCCUCAACUCUCUGCAGUAAUUGGCCAAGAAUGGAACCGAGAUACAGUCACUGGCACUGCCACCGAGGACCUUCCACAAAAACCCGUUGAGCAAGCUACGAAAAGAACCUCCAAAACAACCAAAAGAGAGGCCUUGUUUUACGAUUUUAGCGACACUCUUAGAGGCACUAUAACUGAAGAAGUGCAAAAGAGUGCACUUGCAUUGAGUUCCAGCAUUAAGGAGUUGGUGGAAAUGUUCUUCAAAGAUCAAGAAAAAAUACUCAACGUUGCUGUGGAGCGCAAUAUAGAACCAUUCACCCAAAAAAUAGUCGAAGUCAGUGCGGCGUCGACAAAAAAGGACGAAACGAUUGUGUCUCAGUUCAGAGGUCUCCUCGCCAAAGGUCUUGAUAGCCAGGCAUUGAGGCUUUUAUUAGAAUAUCCCCAUCUCGCGAUCAGAGGGGUAUUGGAAAUGGAAUUAUUCAAGAAACUCCAAAAGCGCGAGUUAGACAAUGAUUCCGACCUGUUAUUAAAGUUAUGUCUAACCUUGGUGAAGGAUUUUGCCAUCUUUCCAACAGUACUGACUGAGCUCUUCGAAGAGGUAGCGGUCGUGGCCAAUAGAGGCGGUGGUCUCAAAUCUCAAGACGACCAUCAUCGAGUCUUGUUUGAGAUCUUGGAUACUUCUGAUCGUUUUCUACUGGACAACCCUAACUUCCACAAAGAACGAGAAAUGAGGCGAAUGCAAAUGGUCGUAAAAUCUGUGCUAAAUCAUCAAGUGUUGAAGAAUUGUUAAAUUUUGCCGUAUCCCGUGAUGUAUCAGUGAGACGUUCGUCUCGUUUGUUCAAGUGAAGUUAAUAUGCGUAAAGUGAUUAUUAGAACAUUGGUGUUUUUUCGAUUCGAAAAGAAUUACAGUUUGGCAAAAGUUACGGAACUGCGGCUAUUCAAAUAUAUAUUGUAAAUAUCGCUUA